CCUGACAAAAGUGAUCCACUCGACGCGCCCUAUGUAUUACCCUCGCUGUUUCCGCUGACUGACGAGACUUCAAAUUUGUGCUUUGGGACUGUCAUCCAAGGCUACGCAUCUUCCAGGGGUACGUUUUAUGAGCUGAAAUGUGGUUUGAAAUAAGAUGAUCUUUAAUUUUUUUUGUGUGGAUAUGCUAACAGUAUUUACAAAAUUGAUAUACUUGAUAAUAGACUUUAAGCAGUGGUUUCAUGUUUCGCUAGUUAGGUCAUCAAGCUAGGCUAUGUAAAACAAUUGAUGAUGAAUCGGUGGCCUCUGAUGCGAACGAUUGCUAUUUGCAAUAUGUGUCCGGAUUUUGGGCAGAUGAUUUAGAAAUACAAUUGUACUUUUAGUUAAAGACAACAUUGUAAUAAUAAUAUAGGCGUUUGGCUACAAGACUAAACUUCGACAGUAGUGAGGUUAUGGGAAACUACAUCCUGAUCCAGCACAGCAGCCAUAGGCUAUCCAACUUUGCUGCUAUUAUAAGUUGAUGCGCUAUUUGGCUAUGAUGCUCUCUUUUUUAUUUACUUUUUGUUUUGUUUUUAUUAGAGAACUUUAAACAAGAUGUUUAGGUGCUGUUUAGAUCAAAGGGCAACAUUUGGAGACAAGUCAGUUAUAACUACAAGUAUCACUCAUAUUAAAGAGAGAAGUCAUUAACCUCUAUGUUAUCUUGCAAGAAUAAUGUAAAUGUUAAUGUUUGUAUUUGUGUGCGUUUGGGACUGCUUGAACAGCUACUUCAGCACCAUAAUAAUGAUGAAAAAUAUAAGAGUGGUCAAGAAGUAACCAGAUUCUAUAGCCUUUGAUGAACUUGACCUUAUAUUCAUGUGAAUGGCAAUGCUUUACACUUUUAUCACAGUGACUGCCAAUUGCAUUUGGCCAAUAGUCAGAAUAUCGCUUAAGCCUUAACCUUCUGAAAUGGACCUUAUAGCUUGCCUAAGAAGAAAGCAGACAGGCAUCUUUGCGUUUGCUUUCAGUCUGAAGUUGGUUGUGCCAAAUGAUCGUUCCUAUGCUACAAUGAACCAAGCUUUGAUUUCCCUUCAGCUGCUAUGUGUAAUUUAAGAGACAAACAUAUUUUGUCAACACAGCUAAGCUGACUCACUCAGUCACAUUCCAGCAGUGCUUCUUGAAUAUGGUAUUUUCUAUACCAAAGUGGUAGUUUACCAUACAUUUCAGGUCUUUCAGAGUGUAUAACUAUGGCUCUGUGAUGAGCUGUAAUGUGUGACUGUAGGUACUCUCUCCUCUUUCAUCUGUCUAUUUAGGUCAGAAAUGGAGGCUUUUAAUUAUAAACUAAACACAUACAUAGACUCCUGGAUGGGUCCCAGAGGUAAGUGUUAUUACUGUUUCAUUACUGUAUUUUAAAUUACAGUAUAGGAAUUAUAUGAAUAAAUGCUUAAUUAUUAACAUACAAUUAUUUAUCACACUAUAUCUCCUCACAAAAUGUUUGCAUUGUGUGUUAAUACAUGCAGUGGAUUGCACCAGGUCGUUUUGCACCUCCAUGAUUCUAGCAUAACCUUUCCUGGAGUUAAACAAACAUGCUUCGUAGUCACUGCCAAUUCUCCCUCCAACUUAAUUGUGUCCUUUUACCCUCUCCAACCAAUAUGCCUGCACUGCAGUGUAACUACCGCUCUCUGUGCUCUGUGCUAUCUCACUGGAAAAUAAAUACAGUAAAUAUGGGAAUAACGUGCAGAAAAGAGAGAGCAUCUUACUGUAUACUGUCAGGUAUAUAUCAGGUUGUUCUCUGCCCAUGUAUUUCAGAUGAGCGGGUUCAGGGAUGGCUGCUUCUGGACAACUACCCUCCAACCUUUGCACUAACAGUCAUGUACCUGCUGAUCGUAUGGAUGGGGCCCAAGUACAUGAGACACAGACAGCCGGUGUCUUGCCGGGGUCUCCUGUUGGUCUACAAUCUGGGCCUCACGAUCUUGUCCUUCUAUAUGUUCUAUGAGGUAGGCAGGCUACUCCUGAUCUGAACUGAUAUAGACAUCCGAAGGAUGUGUUGGUAUCAUCGCAAUGCAACACCGCGGGCGGAUGAGGGGAAGUGAGAGGAUCGGAUGACUGAUAGGCAUGGCUAAAUGAUUUUAUAUGCUAAUGUUGUUGAAGGAUUCUGUGAGGAUUAGGGAAAUUGUGAUUCUGAUUAGACAAAAAUGGUGUCUUGCACUGAAGCCACCCCAGAAGACAAUGCUGUGGGGGAGUGAGUGGGGCACAGCUGGUCUCUGACGGGAUCAUUGUUAACACAAACAAAUCUCUCACCCAACAUCAACACAGCCCUCAAUUGUUUUCUGAAAACCUGCUGCUAUUAUUAGAAAGUUGAAGUCGUGACUUCUAAUUCUGAAAUGGUUGACAUGAUAUACUGAUAAACUGUCUGUAUCCUCUGUGGAUGUCUAUGCUAGUAGUUGAUUGCAUUAUCCCUAAUUCUUGUAUACGGUAAUGAAACAGGAGGGAGAGUGAGCUGUCAAUACUUUCUGUAGUGUAAUCAGCCUCAAAAUGUCAUGAUAUAGUUAUACUAAUAAUGGACAAAGUCUGUUCUCCAUGCACCUGUAAGUCUAAAGUCUUUUCCGUUCUUACCACCCUGGCCUAAUUGGCUCAAUUUGGUCUGCAUUGCAUAAAAAGAUUGGCUGUGCCCAUGCUGUGUAAAUCAUUAAACUUGCUGAUGCUGACAUUUCCCCUGCUUCAGGGUGAACUUUUAGUCCUCUGAAAUCAAUGCCACCCGAUUUAAAUUAAAAUACAAAGCAGUUGCUUGUUGUUGUCACCUGUCCAGGGCACUUAGAAAUAGCAUUUUCACAAUGUAAUAGGUGUGGUUUGACAUGUUUAAAAAACCAUACUGAAUAGCAAACGACCAAGGGGCUGAUUCAGACUUAGGAAAUGUACGCCUUUCCUACACAUGCCUUUCCUAUGCAUUUCUCAGUAUGUUUGGUAUUCAGACUUACCUUAUUCAGUCGUGUAACGCAUUCUGCAGGUGUGGCUACUUUGCACGCUCUGAAUACAUUGAAUUCAACUGCUGAAAACCCUCCUACUUGCUGGCCGACAGAUUUUCUUGUGGAGUUUUCAUUCAAUAGGGUUUUCAGUACAUUUAUCUUAAGCCAUCCCUUUAAAUACGGCUUACCUUUUUAGUUAGAAUUUUGUCGACAGACUCACUAGAAUAUAUCGAGAUAACGGGUUCAGAAUAUUAGGGAUCAAUGAAAGAAAGCCAUCUAAAUAUAUGCAUAUUCGUCUCAGUUUCAGCAACAAUUGGUAGAUUUAAAAAUACUCUGAUCUUGUAGAUUAUUUAGGGUUAGGAAAUUAUUUAUGAAUCAUAAAGAAAUGGUUAGGGAGAGCCUUUACACACGAAAGAAAGAACUGUAAUUUGAUUCAUUCUGAAAAUGGCCACAGUCAGUUCUUCAACCCAUGGUAAUGUUGGAAGAUUAGUGUACAUUGAUCUGGUACUGGUACUUCCUGUAUAUAGCUCCACAGUGAUCUGGUACUCCCUGUAUAUAGCUCCACAUUGAUCUGGAACUGGUACUUCCUGUAUAUAGCUCCACAGUGAUCUGGUACUGGUACUCCCUGUAUAUAGCUCCACAUUGAUCUGGUACUGGUACUCCCUGUAUAUAGCUCCAUUCUUGUGUAUUUUAUUCCUCUUGUGUUACUAUUUUCAAACUCUGCAUUGUUGGGAAAGGCUCGUAAGCAAGCAUUUCACUGUAAAGUCUACACCAGUUGUAUUCGGCGCAUGUGACAAAUAACAUUUGAUUUGACAUAGAAUUAUAAUAGGAAGAAUAGUGUACAAUAGUAGGCUAUACCCUCGUCUAUUGCCUGUACUAACCAUGGAAAAGUGGGAUGACACGAACGAGUAUUGUGCCAUGCGUCGGGUUCAAACUGUUAUGGCUUGGUCUGCUCUCUGCUCCAUAAUGAUUUAAUUAGCCUACGUUUCAUUUAUGUUUUAUUUUAUUUACAAUUCCCUUAUCGAAACGGAUUACUAAUUUACCUAGCUCUAAUCAAGUUGUAAAUUACAGUGCAUGGAGAAUGGAGUUCUUUCUAUCUAAAAAAAAUUAAGUACAUGCUUUUUCCACUUGGAACCGACAGGUUGCUGUACAUUAUUCAUGGUUUCUUCGCGCAUUAAGGUAGUGGAAUUAUUAGGGAAUUAAGUCAAGGUCUGAAUACUGCGAAUCUGUAAACACACCUCCGCCACACCUUCAUUUAUUCGAUCUCCACCCCAAACGAAUAGUGGGUGAAUAGAAUGCUAUUCUCAUGCUUAACUUCAAGGUCAGAGUACGCAGAGAGAGAGAAGUGCAUAAAAAGGGAAUUACGUCACAUUUAACUCGGGUCAGAAUUCCCCCCCAAGGGAAUAGGCCUAACAGGUUAGUAGGUUUGUUUAGUUACUGUGGAUACAAGCUGGCCACAAUAAAGGUUUAGGUUUAGAAACAGAUCCUGCCCUCACUCUGCAUUUUAGAUAGUCAAUAUUGAUUGGAAUGUGGGUCUUCAUAAAUGUCAUGAAUCAGCACUGUUCCACCUAAAUCUAUAUGAACAUUUACCACAUAUUUCCUUCGUUUUGAAUUACAUAGUAAGAAUAAAGAAGAUUUAGUAUUAGUGUAGUAGUAAUAAAUGAUGUAUUAUAAAUAAAGGAAAACAGCCUAGUCUAUGUUGUUGUGAAUAAUCGUUUUGCUAACACAGUCAAAGUGGCCCUGCAGCAUUACAUUUAAAACAACAACAGGCAUAACAAUGUCAUUGUUGAAGUGAAUAGUCACUCUCUGUGUUGAGACUUUUGUGUUGUUAUUCGAUGUGUCCUCUGCAUGUACGAGAUUACCCAGUUGAGUAGUGGAGCACAACAUCUGCCAAUCCCAGGCCUGUCCUUAUUCUGCUAUCAUCCCCAUAGGCGCAUGCAGGGCAAUCACUCUCCUGGUGCCACAAUCAUCGGAUAAUCCCACUGUAUGCCUCGAAGUCAUCAACAUAAUUAGCUCUCUGCUUUGCCCUGCUUUUUUACCAUCCUGUUCUGGAAUGGGUCCUGUCUCGAGGCAAAUGCACUAAAAUCCUGUGGCAAAAUGUAAUGUUCCUCAGAAAAUGUUUUAUUCAGUACAACAUAAAAAGGGGGGUAAUUCUGGCCUUGUGUAGUGCUCUGAGUUUGAGCACAUAACACAGCUAGAAUAAUAUACUUUGGGCGGCAGGUAGCUUAGUGGUUAAGAGCGUUGUGCCAGUAACCGAAAGGUUGCUGGUUCUAAACCCUGAGCCGACUAGGUGAAAAAUCUGUCGAUGUGCCCUUGAGCAAGGCACUUAACCCUAAUUGCUCCUGUAAGUCGCUUUGGAUAAGAGCGUCUGCUAAAUGACUAAAAUGUAAAUGUAAUCUGAAUCUGGGCAUGUCUUUACACGUGUUACAUUUAACCCUUUGUUUUUGUCAGUUAUUCAAGGCAGUGGUGGAUAAAGGCAGAGCCAUUUCCAUCCAUCCCAAAUGAGAUGAAAUGUGUGAACAAGGGCUCCAUUUAGUAACUGUGGCAUCGCUGGUCUGCUCAACAACAAUAAACAAUGCAGAGUCACAAUGUUGCAGUGGCAACAAAAAGGGUACUGAUAUUCUCUCUGGUAAAGGAGACUAAAAUGGAGAGGAGGAGACUCUCAAAAUUACUCAGGGAUAUAAUAUUACCCACUACUUGCUCUGUCCACGCCUGCAGCAAGUAUGUGAAGCUAGCAUCCUAAAUGCCAAUGUAAAUUCUAACAGGUUUACAAUCAGCUUUUGUAUGGGAGAAAGCAAAUUGAUGUCACAAGUGUUUUUUUAUUUGGAUCUUAUGACACUUGAAAUACAAUAAUGAAAUAAAUGUGAUAUUACAAUACAAGGGCAGUGAGGUAUUAAGGUGAUUCAACCUGUGUGAAGAUGCCUAAGACAUGACAAUCUAGGUUUUUCUAAAUCACCUUGUUCUCUGUCCCCAGAUGGUGUCUGCUGUGUGGCACGGGGAUUAUAACUUCUACUGCCAAGACACACACAGUGCAGGAGAAACCGAUACCAAGGUAAAGCAGUCUUACUCUAUAUCACCCCUCUGUUCACUUAUAUAGAAUUUAAUAUAAAACAAUCUGUGUUAGAUUCAAAAUGUGUAUAGUAUGUGGGGAAAUGCAUUGUCACCAGACACCAGCUUGACUUCACCCUUUCAUUCAUUCUCUUUGUGAUAUUUCCAUAUCCCUUAGCUCACUGCCAGAGAUGCAAAUAAUAGCUUGACAACUAACUUCAAAGACAAAUUAAUUACCAGAUCAAUAUGUACUGCGAUACUUUGUUCUUUCCAACUACUUUUAUUGAUAUUUUCUUGUCCUGGUGGCUUCCAAUUCUACUGGUACAAUUUAUGUCAGCCAGUACCUGCAAAUUCUAACAGAUAACCAACUGGGCACAGACAUCAGUUCAACGUCUAGUUUUGAUUUACAUUUGGUUGAGUUGUCAACUAGCAUGAAUUCAACUUGAAAUCAACAACAAAUGUAACCAUGUCAUUGGAUUUAGGUUAAAAGUUGGGUGAAAAAAAUAUCAAAUGCCCUUACGUUGAUGACUUUUUGCAUAUCCAAUCAGUUUUCCACAUUGAUUCAACAUCAUCACAUAGAUUUGUUUGGUUGAAAUGACAUGGAAACAAAGUUGAUUCAACCAUUUCCCCCCCUGUGGGAAGCCACAGUGUCAGACAGACAGUCUAUUUAAUCUGUGCUGCUGUCAUCAGUAGUGAAAUGUGUGAUUGGAUUGCAGUUCUACAGCAGGGUUUCUUAAACUCUGGGUCGGGAUCCAAAGUGGGCCCUGGGUUUGUGAGAGGUGGGUCGUGAGUUCUGAGAAUACAUACAGUAUAUAAUCACACACUAUUUCUUCUUAAUUUGGGUCGUUGGAGGAUGAUUUGGGUCACGGGAGGACGGUCAAUUUCUCAUUUGGGUCUCGAGCUGAUAAAGUUUAAGAGCCCCUGUUCUAUAGUGAUUACAACUUGUAAAAGUGUACCCGCCGUCACAGCAGUGGAUGAUCAUAUUUUUAUUUGUGUCCUUAAUAGAGAUUUCAAGAGCAUUUCAGUACAGAUGACAAUUUUUGGUCCCUCAACACAACUUUUUUGGUCAAAUGAUUUUCACUGGCCAUUGCUCAUAAGGUGAAAUACAAAUCUGGCAAUGUAUGCCUCAGGAGAAACAUUGAGUAUGUCCUUGCAGGAAAGUGAACUACUAGAAAAAGUAUUGUAUUAUUUUUUAGUCAUUUAGCAGACGCUCUUAUCCAGAGCGACUUACAGUUAGUGAGUGCAUACAUUUUCAUACUGGCCCCCCGUGGGAAACGAACCCACAACCCUGGCGUUGCAAGCGCCAUGCUCUACCAACUGAGCUACAGGGGACUAAAUCUGAAAGCUUGACUCUUAUACUUAGCUUUUUUUCUCAUCUCAGAUCAUAAAUGCGCUGUGGUGGUACUACUUCUCCAAGCUCAUAGAGUUCAUGGACACCUUCUUCUUCAUCCUACGGAAGAACAACCAUCAGAUCACGUUUCUGCACAUCUACCACCAUGCUAGCAUGCUCAACAUCUGGUGGUUUGUCAUGAACUGGGUGCCCUGUGGUCACUGUGAGUGUUCUAACACAAUAUUCCCUUUCUAUCCUCAACACUGUGGAAUAACCAAGUCAGUUUACACAAUGAAUAAUUCAGAACCACUAAAGUCAAAUCCACUGAGCUUUAGGUGAACCUUUCUACGCAAUUCCUGAAAUAGGCUAGGACAGCCUAUAUACCUGGUAUAGCUGCCUAAAUACAUGGUAUAUACUUUUUUAAAGUAGCCAUACAGGAGCUUUAGAGUACAUGUUUUUCUUGAAUUGAUUCUGUGACUGAGAUACUUUCAAGUGAAGUUGAUCCGUUGUUAGAAUCAAGUGUGAAUUGAACCUACUGUUAUUUCAGGACUGCACAGCAUGUUUUUUGUUCUGUGAAAUACUGUACCCUCACCUCGUAAUUGCUUUACCUCUCACUGUGGCACACAGUGUCCUAGAAUAGGACACUCUGUCCUGUCUUACAGCUCUCUGUGUUUUACAGAGGACUCUCUGGGAAUGAGAAUUAACACCUCAGCUGCUUUCUACUGUAUACCAUUGUCACUACUAUUCAUGACUGUUUAAUUCUCUUUUUUCUCUCAUAGUAAUGUAUUAAUCAUUACAUUUUACAUUUACAUUUACGUCAUUUAGCAGACGCUCAAAGAAAGUUUUAAAACAGACAUGAAAUGACAAUAAUUGUAAUUUUGUCAUUCAUUGAUGUCUAAUGUAGAUUAAUCAUCUACCCCCUAUCUUCUGUCUCUGCCUCAGCCUACUUUGGUGCCUCCCUGAACAGCUUCAUCCAUGUCCUGAUGUACUCUUACUAUGGGCUCUCUGCUGUCCCGGCCUUGCGGCCCUAUCUAUGGUGGAAGAAAUACAUCACACAAGGACAGCUGGUGAGCCUGCAUUUCCACAUGCAUUGUUUAAAACCCUCAGAGAUGGACUUUCACGUCCAUAGUAAUCAUCCAGUGUAUAGUUCAUCCAAUCUCAGGGUCUUCGUGAAUGUGACAAAGGCCCCAUGAACUGUGGGCCAUUGGUACAGAGUGAAAGUGGCAUGUGUGUUCUAAUCCCUCUUGUCUUCUGCACUGUAUUGGAUGGCAAUAUUUACCAUGGAUGGAGCAGUGUUGUAAGUGCACUGAGUUACAGAAAUAUGUAUUUUGGAGAUUUGAUGUUGACUUAGUUUACAAACAAGUCAUUCCAGUUUUGUCUCGUUUACUCUCUAGAUUCAGUUCUUUUUGACCAUGUCCCAGACGAUAUGUGCAGUCAUUUGGCCAUGUGGUUUCCCCAGAGGCUGGCUGUAUUUCCAGAUAUUCUAUGUCGUCACGCUUAUUGCCCUUUUCUCAAACUUCUACAUUCAGGUGAGCAAAUAUAAAACCCUUGUAUGAAUUAGACAUACUGUAUUAUUAUUUCAAUGAAUUAUGGUGUUGUGAAGUAUUUUAUAUUGCCCUGAUGGUGACAGGGUUAAAUAUAACAGUGCAUUGCUGUCAACAGUCAUUUUGGGGGGGGGGGGGGGGGGGGGGGGUUUCUUUGAUUUUUAGCACAUUCUAAUGUGUUGACUCCUUCCCUCUGUUUUUAGACUUACAAGAAACACCGUGUUUCACAAAAGAAGGAGUAUCAUCAGAAUGGCUCUGUUGCUUCAUUGAAUGGCCAUGCGAAUGGGGUGACACCCACGGAAACCAUUACACACAGGAAAGUGAGAGCGGACUGAAGCUUGAAUAAUGUUCCAGGCCUAACUGUAUGUCAUGUCGCUAGAAGAGAUGGGAUAAUACAUUUCUUCAUGAGGAUUACUAAUGAAGAAAUGUAUUAAAGAGUCUAGCUAGUUUAUUCACAAUAGACAAGACAUGUUUAUCUGAAAGAGAUUCCUAACAUUUUGCACACCGCAACCUGUUAUUAUUCAUAUUGAAUCAAAGUUAAUUAGAGUUACUUAACAAGCAUAGCAGAGGGAGUACAGUACAGCACAGUAGCCCCAGAGACCCACUUCCUCUUAAUGCUGCACAAGAUGUUCAACUUUGUCUGUCUUCAGUGUGGUGGGGACAAAGCUUUAAUCAACCUUGACCCAUACAGAAAUAAUAACUUAUUUCCCAUGUUUUAAUUCACAACAUAUUCACUUGUCUACAUGCUUGUCCAUGAGGGGAAGAAAAUCUAUUUUUGGGAUUCCGUUUUGUAAAAGGUACUUUAUCUGUUUUUUUCUGUCAAUAUAUUUGAUUUGAUCACGAGGUCAUACAAUCAUUGAUAAGUAUGCAGAAGAGCUGCUUCAAAAAAAUACAUAAACUGUACAAUAUCAACAUAAAUAAUUAGAUACUAACUGAUUUGUGUUCCAAAAUGGCUUAGCAUACAAGAAAGGAAAGAGAAAAAACAAACGUGUGGCAACAUUAGUAUCUAAAAUACCAGUAAUAGUGAUCUUUUAAUUUUUUACAUCAUGUGUCCAAAUCAUUCCCACCCUUCCCAAUGUUCCUCAAUGAUUUGAUUUUCUUUGUAUCCUCUUAUUGAGGUUCCCGUCAUGAUUAUAUACACACAAGUACAAAUGUAAACUCAGGUACAUUAUCAAUCAGACACCGGUUUCGGUUUCAACAAAAGAAAGAAAAGGUUGCCAUGUCUUAUAAAAUAAAGUUGUGGAUCCACUUCGUGUACAUUUAAUUUUCUCCAAAGUGAGACUUUGCAACAUGCUAUUAACCCACUGAUUGUAAGAUGGAGUGGUUGGGUUUUUCCUGUGGGUCAAAAUCAGGUUUCUGGCAAUCAGACAGGCAUAUGCCAAGGCAUUUGCUUCCACCUUUGCUAUUCCAGAGCUAGCAUCAGUUGUCCCAGAUAGAUAUUAGUGGGUCAGGACUUAUAGAUACUUGUGUUAUAUUGGAAAUUGCAUUAGAAAUAGCAUCCCAUAGCCUUUGAGUUUUGGACACUCACACAAGCAGAACAUAUCUGCAUGAGUUGCAGUGUUAGAACUUAGCCAGCUUGGCAUUUGUGUAGUAACUUCUAUGUAUCACUUUAAAGUCUGUAACAACAUGACUGGUACAAAAUAGAAAUAGAAGGGCCUUUUUAAAGUAUAUUUUUUUAUCCCAACUGUUAAUUGGGGGUUCACAUCGAAGCUGUGAAGCCUAUUGUUAUUCUUUGAAUGUUCUUUUUUCUUGACAUGGCCAAAUAACUCAAGCAUAGAUUGGGAACUUUUUUUCUAAUUUGGCACAC